AUGUCGCUCGAUCGAAUGUCAUGGCUGUCAGAUGAUGAACACGGUGAAGAUGAUGAUGGAGGCUAUGUACGAGCUGUUACUCCUGGACCUGUUGAAACCCAGCACCCUUUUUCUGAUUCCAUUUCGUGUGUCAAAAAGCUGUUACCAGUAUCAGAUCCUUCAACCAGUCGUUAUUCUUUUGACUCUUUUCCACUGGCAAGAUCAUCCACUUGUUAUGCAUCAAGUUUACCUAAAUAUCCCAGAUCACAGUCCUCAUUCUCAAGAAAAGCAAACGAGUCGGGCAUAACAGAAGCAGGACAGGUAACUAAAGGUUUUCGUGAAUGCCUUCAGUCCCUUUACAAAAACAAAUUAUACAAGGAUAUUGCUUCUCAGGAAUGUCUUAAAUCACCUGACAUUAUCAAGAGUGACGAGGAAUCUGUACUUGAAUCAGAUGCAUACAGAAAAAUCAAGACAGAAUUUUCUUCUCUGUCUUUGCCUGUGGAAUAUGACAAAGUUCAGUCUUUAGAUGAAGCUGAAAAAGCUAACUUUGUGGUGUUUAAUGAAAAUGAUAUUAACCACAAAAGCGAAAGGCAGAGUUUUCAUAAAAAGGAAAAAUACACUCAUGCCAAUUAUGUUAAUAUGCAGUUAAAGGAAGUUAAAGUUGAAAAUAAAUUGUUGGCACAAGAAUCCCGGACACAGAGGCAAGAGAAAAAUAGCUCAAGAUUGAAUGUGACUGAAAAUGGCCCAGAACAGGUUGAGCUAGAACCUCUCUGCCCAUUAGAGAAAAUGAUGAUUAGGAAGCCCAAAAAUAAGAAGGAAAUGAGGGAAAAGGUCCGUGCAAAGUACCCAGGUGAAACUCACUCUCAAAUAAUUUCUCGGCUAGGCUAUUUAUGGAGAACCUUACCAUUGUCAGAGAAAGCCAAGUGGCAAGCGAGAGCAAAAUAUGUGAAGGAAGAACAUAAGCGCUUACAUCCUGAGUAUCGCUAUAAUCCUCGGAGAGCUUCAAAUAGAAGACAAGAAUACAUUGCAAAAAUUGCUCUGCGUCGUAAUCUCUAUCGAAUAAAGCCACUAGUUUAGAGAAAGUGGUGCAGCAGCUGGUUCACAAAUAUGAAACACAAUGUUUAGCAGAUUUCUUAUAUAUUGUACUGCACUUGUUUUUUACUAAACUUAGUCAUAAAAUGCAGUGUUCUGCAUCUUUUUUACAUGCAUGUUAGAUAUGAUUUUCAGAAGUUUCCCACUUACAAACCUCCAAGUUGCAAACAUCCAAACUUACAAAUGGAACACUCAGGAGCCAGUUAAUUCUAUGCAAACUCCACUUUACUGUACUGAAUACAGCCCACUUGCAAACAGGUACUGCCAUUGUGCACACAUGUACAGUGUAUUGAGAAAACAUUCAGGUGUAGAAUUAUAUUUCAGUGUAAAUACAGUUGAAUCCUGUUAACCCAAACCCAAUUAAGUAAAAAAUUUAAAGUGAGCACUUACUUCAAAAUAGAUAAGCCAUAAUUACCUCUUUUUCACCUUAAUACAAAAAAUAAAAAAUAACUUUUUCCAUAAAAUGAAUCCAGAACACAAUGUCUUAUUUGAAUAAGGUAUCUAGGAUUGGUAAGUACCCUAUAAUUUUUUUUAUCAUACACUGUUAAGGAAUGGUGAGAUUUUUUUUAGCUAAUUGCAGAUGAUACUUGUCAAUAAAACUAUAACAUCUCCAUGGUUGAAGGCUGAAUUUCCAUAUAAUAUUCUGUAUGUAAACAGAAAGGGAAAUAUUGUGUCCAUUGAUAUCUUGACUUAGGUUUUACUUCAGCACUGCAUCAUACUUUACACUGCACACUUCAGUAAUUACUACUUAUUCCCAUGAUUUCUACAAUGAAAUGUGUAUUACAUUAAAAUCCCAUAAUAGCUCUGCUUGUGGGCAGCUGAUUAGAAAUAUAACAAAAAUAAAAACAUAUGAGAAUGCAAAAAAAAUAGUCCAUGGAACAAACUGCCAAGUAAUAUUAUUGAGCAAAUACUAUAUUUUUUUAUGUACACACUGGCUGUCUCCCACCAAGGUUGGGUGACCCAAAAGAAGAAACACUUUCAUUAUCACUGUCUUGCCAUAAGUGCACUGAUACUACAGUUCAGAUGCCCCUCCAAACUGCAGAUAUCUCCACCCCUCCUUUAGAGUGUAGGAGCUGUACUUCCCACCUCCAGGAUUCAAAUCCGACCAAAAGAUUUCUCUGAAUCCCUUCACAAAAAUGUUACCUUCCUCACACUCCAACAGCUCCUCAAGUCGCAAAACCAUAUGCCUCCACUCCUAUCUAACAUGCUCACACAUGCCUGCUGGAUGUCCAAACCACUCACACAAUCACUGUUACUCCCUCCAGACUUGAGUAGAGCAACCCCCUUUGGUAGAGUGAACACCCCUUCCCCACACUUUGCCUUCCCUCUGCUAUAGAUUUAUAUAUCCUGCAACUUGUCCUAUUUUGUUCCAGCCUCUCUAAAUGUUCAAACCAUCUCAGCAACCCCUCCUCAGCCCUCUGGAUAAUGCUUUUAGUAAUGCCACACCACCUCCUAAUUCCCAAGCUAUGAAUUCUCUGCAUAAUGUUCGCACCACACAUUGCCCUCAGAUCUCCACUGCCUCCAGCCUGCUCCUCACUGCAGCAUUCACAACCCAUGUUUCACACCCAUAUAAGUGUGUUGGUACCACUAUACUCUCAUACAGUCCCUUUUUUGCUUCCAUGGAUAACAUUCUUUGUCUCAACAGAUACCUCCAUACAUAACUCACCAUUUACCCCCCUUGUCACUACUGUGGUUCACCUCGUCUUUCAUAGACCCAUCUGCUGACAGGGCCACUCCCAAAUAUCUGAACGCAUUCACUUCCUCCAUACUCCCUCUAAUCUGAUAUCCAGUCUCAUGCCCUAAAUUUUUUGUUACCCUCAUCACCUUGGAUUUUCCAGUAUUCACUUUUAAUUUCCUUCAUUUACAUGCUCUCCCAAAUUUGUCCACCAACUUUUGCAAUUUCUCUCCAGAAUCUCCCAAAAACACAGUGUCAUCAGCAAAAAGCAGUGACAACUCCCACUUUGUGUUAGAUUUUUUUAUCUUUGAAUCCCACAUCUCUCCCCUUGCAUUCACUUCUCUAACAACCCCAUCUAUAAUUUUAUUAACCCUUUGAGGGUCGACAGGCCCUCUCUGAGACUCGUUCUCAGGGUCGGCCAAAUUUAAAAAAAAAAAAAAAAAAAAUUCUUAUGAAAAGAUAGAGAAUCUUUUCCAGAUCAUAAUGACACCAAAAUUAUAAAAUU